UUAGUUUGUAUUGGGCCAGCCAAGGCUGGCAGUAUUUAAUUUAUUGAUUAGAUUGGUUUUUUUUUAUUGUGAUAUCUCGAUGGCUGAGGAAGAAGUACGCCCUUCUGAAAAGGUGAAAAAAGCCACGCACCAGUACUUCGAGAGCAUUUUCGAAAAGUAUGACAGGGACAACAGCGGAUACAUAGAACUGAGAGAAUUGCAGGACAUGGUAAAGGACAACAGUGAUGUAUCUAAAAGGCUAGCUAGGAAAAUACUUCAAAUUUCCGAUACGAACAGAGACGGCAAGAUAAAUUAUCCCGAAUUCGUAGACAUGCUGCGAAACGAAAAGUUCAAAAGUGUAUUUGGGCACUAUAUGAAUCUAUAUAUACGGUUCAUAGUACCGCGUCGACGACGCCAAAGAGUGCUAACAACUGACGGUCUACAGGCCGUACAAACCUUCGACGAAGAGGAUGGAUCCUACGAAGACCAGUACGCGUGCUGCCCCCCGCCCAUAGCCAUGUUUUUAAUUUCAAUAAUCGAAUUCGCUUGUUUCCUGAUCGAUGAAGUGAAUCAAACAGAUUCCACCAAAACAGGAACGGGAGUGACAGCCAGGAUUUUCAUCUACGACCCGCACAGGAGGGUGGAGUUUUGGCGAUAUCUGACGUACAUGUUCGUGCAUAUAGGAUACAUGCAUCUCGUUGUCAACCUAGGGGUACAGCUGCUGUUGGGAGUGCCCCUCGAGAUGGUCCACAAGUGGUGGAGGAUUAUGCUGGUAUACUUCGCGGGUGUGACGGCUGGGUCGCUUGCCACCUCCAUCACCGACCCUACCUCUUACCUAGCCGGUGCCAGUGGCGGGGUAUAUGCCAUAAUGACAGCUCACAUCGCUACCAUCAUCAUGAACUGGAGAGAGAUGUCUUUCCCGGGCGUCAUAUUGUUUAUGUUUCUCCUGGUCAUUGUUACGGACGUCAGCACCUCCAUUUACAACCGCUACUGCUUGGACAUCCACGACCGCGUCGGUUACGCUGCCCAUUUCGCGGGUGCCAUAGCCGGUCUGUUGGUGGGCAUAUGGAUUUUGAAGAACUUCGUACCCUCCAGGAAAGAGACGUAUUUAUGGUGGUUUGCGCUAGUGGUAUAUUUGCUCCUCGUGGGAACCAUGAUACUGUUAAAUAUCGUAAUGACAGAUCAUUUUCUAAAAUGAUGCCGGUUUUCUAAAGUUUAUAUUAAACCGUGCCAAGAUGGAGAACUCCACACGAACACCUAUUUUGUAGCUAAUUUAUUGAUAUUUUUUUUAUAUGUGUAUAAUAAAUUGUAUACUGCAAUAA